GCGGAAGUGCGUAAAGGUGUCGGAAAAAAAAAACUUUUAAUUUAUUAAAUUAAUAGAAUAAUCUUAAGUAAGGAAAGUUCAAGAAAAAAUGUCGCGAAACCAAUUGCCGGACUCCUCUUCCUCACCACCCAUAAGUCAUUUACCCUUUCACAACUUUGACGAUGAUCUGAUUAACGAUCUGCCCUCCUGCAUUUAUGCGGGCCAGCAUCAGGGUGGAAGCGCCACCGGAGGAGGCGGCGGUGGGUCAGGAGGAGCCGGUGGCAACUCCGGGCUACGUCUCAGCUCGAAUAAUCUACGUCACAUCCAACAGCAUUAUAUGCAGCACAGCGGAGAGAACAUGCUAGACUCCUCAACGAAUCCCAUGGGGGUGCACAAUUCCGGGGGUGGAGCACCCCUGAUGUGCAACAGUCCCAGUGCCAGCAGCAGCGGAGGAGGCGGCGCCAACGGAGGAUCAGCCACUCCGGGCGGAGGAAGUGGCCCCAAUCCCGGGUACGGAUCCGUGGGAGCCACAGCUGCGUCCAACUACAAAAUGCAGCGACAAGCGGCCAAUGUGCGGGAAAGGAAACGCAUCCAGAGGUCCGCCCCAACUGGGUACACCAAAUGUAGCAUCAAUUCGGCCUUCGAUGAGUUAAGGGUCCAUGUGCCCACUUUUCCGUACGAGAAACGUUUGAGCAAGAUCGACACUUUGCGCCUGGCCAUCGCCUAUAUAUCCUUGCUCCGUGAAGUGCUCCAAACUGACUACGACCCAUUAACCUAUGUGGAGAAGUGUCUGCGGGGGGAGAUCAAAGCGGAUCGGGCUAACUGGAAUACAAGUGAUCUAACAGCACGCCUCUCCUGGAUCAAUUGGGAGAACCUCGGCGUCCAUCCUGGCAGGCGAACGCUGCUCACAUCACUGGCUUUAUCCUCGGAUCCUCUGUGCGGUGCCCACUGUGGAAUGCCAUAAAUAUAUUCUGAAAUUCAUAGGCUUAGCCUGUCGACUGCUUAAAGCA